AUGAAUUCCAAGAGUAUUGAAAUUCUAAAUUUAAUAGAAGAAAAAUCCUUUAAAAAAUGUGAAAAAUUAAUUAGUGUAGGAUUAAAAGGAAAAAAAAAUGUCAAGCUAUAUUUGAUUUUAAAAUGUUUGCUUCAUUCAUAUCUUAAUGAAAUAAAAGAAUGUAAGGAAGGACUAAAUGAAAUAAGUCUAGAGGAUUAUGACAGAAAUAUGUUUUAUAUAUUAGGAAAAAUAUAUAAAAAUAUAAAUCAGGAAAGUAAAUUCAUAGAUAUGUAUGAACAAAAAAUAAAAGCACUUGAAAAUAGUAAAAAUAAUAUUACUUCUAAUAAACCAGGACAAAAUUUAAAAGUUGUAGCAACAAAAAUUGAAAUCGAACAAAUAUUAGCAUCACUUUUUGAAUAUUGUAUAAAUAAUGGCUUUUUUAAAAAAAGUACUAAUAUGUCUUUGAAGCUAUAUAAAGCAACUAAUGAUACAACAUAUUUAUUAUAUAACUGUUAUUUACUAUAUCUUAAUAACAAUAAUAAUAAUACACAAAUAUAUAAUUUGUCUUUAAACUUUUUGAAAAAUUAUAAUUGUUAUAAUUAUAAUAAAAUAACACAAAAUUUUUCUUUUUUUUUAAUCCUUUAUUUUUUAAACAUCAAAAUGAGAAAUUACGAUGAAUGCAUUAAAAUUCUGGAAUAUACAAAAUCAAAUAAUUUUUUUUUAAAUACAUUGCAAUAUCAAGUGUAUAAAUUAUAUAUAUUUUUUAUUAGUGAACAAUUGGAAAACUGCCUAUCUAUUUUGACAGAAUUAAUAAAAAAUGAUUUUCCAGAAAAUACAGAUUAUUACACACUCUACAUGGACAUUAUAAUUUAUCUCCUUAACAUAAAAAGGGAUAAUGCUGAAAAUUAUAUGCUUGAAGAUGUUUUAAAAUUAUAUAAAAACGAUUUGAUGUAUUUAGAAUUUUUUAAGAAAUGCAUGAUAAAUGUUUAUAUAAGCAAGUUGAAAACAUUUCCAAAAAAUAUUAACACCUUUUGGGACAUAAUAUUUGAAGAGAAAAAAAUGUAUUAUAUUUCUAACGACAUAUAUGUAGAGAUACUAAAAUAUGUUCUUUCAUUUGAUAACCUAAUUGUAUUAGACAAUAAUAAUGAGCAAUCAAGUGACAAAAUAACCCCUCUUGAUUUAAUAAAAAACAAACUCGAAAAUGAUAUUAAUAAUUAUAAAAAUAAUAAUUUUUUAAAAAAUAUUUACGAAGAAUGUAAUGUAAAAAUAUAUAUGUAUAUCCUUUUUUUAUUCAUAUUAAAAGAGAGCAAUAAUUACAGCUUGUUUUAUAAUAUUAAAAAUUAUAUCAGCCUUUUAAAUGAUAAAAUGAUAAUUAUAUUAGUCAUAUAUUUUAAAAUUAUUCUUAAAAAUUUAUAUAAAUUAUUAAAUAUAGAAUAUCAAAAUUUUAAAUUAAAUUUAGCUCAAAACGAUAAUCCCAUUGAAGUCACAAAAAAUAAAAAAAUUAUUUUACAAUAUAUUAGACAAAUAUACAAUUUUGAAAAGCUACUUUAUCUCCUAUAUAAACAAAAUGUGUGUCAAUCUUUUACUAGACUAUUUUCAUUAUUCAUUCAUUUCUUUUCCGAUUCAAAUUUAAAAAAUUCUCAUGAAAAUAUAAUACAUGUUACUGACGAUAAUGUUAUUUGUUUGCUAGUCGAAAUGGCCCUCUUCUUAGAUAAGCAAGAAUUUUUAGCUUGUCAAGAAAAUUUCCAAAAAUCACAGAAAAUGGAAAAUGUUACACCCAAUGAAAAAACUUAUGAAGAUCCCUUUUUUUGCUCAAAAGAAAUUGAAAAAAAAAUAGACUUAAAAGGAUUUAAAAAUUUAUAUGAAUAUAUAGAAAAUAUAAUACCUUUGUCUGAUGAUUUUUUAUGUUACCCUGAUUUGAAUAAUAUGACCAAAAAAAAUGACGAACAUGUUGUUAGUGUAAAUUUUGACUGUGCUCAUAAUAAUCAGUGUAAUGAUGAAAAAUGCAAAAAAAAUAUCAAAUUAAUAAAUAGGAAAUAUUAUAUUAUAGCAUUAAGCUUGUUAAAAUAUGGAUAUAAUUAUCAUCAAAAUAUAAUAAAAUUAGAAAAUGAAAAGAAAAAAAUUAAACGUAUUAUAAAUAAUGAAUAUAUUAAUGUAAUAAUAUUACUAAUCUAUUUAAAUAUUGUAAUUGGAAACUUUUCAAAUUAUACUGAAUUAAUUGAUAAGUUAAAUAUAAAAAAUAUACAACUAAUAACAUAUUUACCAAUAUUAUUCAUACAUUCAUAUAAUUAUUCAUAUUAUUCUAAAUUUAGUAAUAACAUAAAGUUAGCAAUCAGUUAUUAUAAUGUUCAACAAAAUACUUUAAAAAAUUCAAUCACAAAAUGCUUUAAAAAUAAUUCAUUUUAUAAAAUUAAUGAAAUUAUUAAUUCAAAUCUUUUAAACUCAUCAAAUAUAUUUUUAUAUUUUUUAAAAUUGAUAUACGCAUUUAAAACUCAAAUGGAGGCAACCAAAACAGCAGGAUAUACUAAUCUAUAUGGCAAAUUAAAAUAUAACUAUUUAUUAAAUGAUUUCAAAACAAAAUUUUCAUGUACUAAUAAAGAAUUUGGAUCAUCUACAAGCAACAAUAGCAAUACUACUAAAAAUGCAAAAGAUAUAAAAGAUAACACAGUUUCUAAAAUGAAUAGUCAGGAAAUUAUCAACAAUAAGACACCUACUUUAGAUACAAAUCAAAAUACAAAAAGAGAAAAUAUUUCUGAACAAAUUGAAAACAAAAAAGAAAACUUAAAAUGUAAUACUUUUAAAGAUGAUGAUCAAAUAAAAAAUAAUUUCAUAAUUUUUUUAAAAAAUUUUAAUCAAGACCUUUUUGAUGAGGAUAAUAUAGUUGUACAUAAAAUUUUAUAUAAAAAUUUGCUAUUAGAUAAAUACAACUUUUUAAUAAUAGAUAAUCAAACAAUUUUAAUUAAAUAUAAUAUCCCGUCUUUUUUAUUAACUGUUUAUAAAAAUUAUGAUACAUUUUUUUACAACCAUAUUUUAUAUGAAUCAUUAAGCCAAUUAAAUGAAUUAAAAUUUUUAAAAGAAAUAAAAAUUUUAAAUAAUUUAGAAGCAAACAAUGUAUAUAUGAUACAAGAUAUAAAAACUAUAUACCCAAUGAUUAUUUUACAAAAUUUUUAUAGCAUAAAGGGUAGUAUAUAUAUAACUAGCCAUGAACAAAAUUUAAUAAACUCAAAAAAUUUUAGGGACAUACUUGUUAGCUCAAAUAGUAUUAGCAGAGAAAAAUAUGACGAUCAAAAUUUGAUGGAUGUCCCUUUUGAGACAAUACAAAAAAAAGCUAGUUAUGAUACUAUUCAUAAUGAUAUUAAUUUUUUUGUUUCUAAUAAUACAUAUGUGUCAUUUGAUAAACAAAAUUCAAAUUAUAAAAACAAAUACAUUUUUAAUAAUACAACAAAUUAUGAAAAUUAUUUUGGAAAAAAUGAUGAAUCCUCAAAAAAAAACUAUUCAUCAGUAUCUCCUUUCACUACUUGUCUAACUGAAUUAUUUAAUUAUCCUCUUCAAAAUUUGUAUCUAAAUUCAACAAUUUUAAAUACAGUUAUGUACAUAUUUCAUAAAUCAUUUUAUUUCUAUUCUUUUGAUAAUAAUAAAAAAAAUAAAGCAAUUCGAAAAACCAAAACUGCCUUUUUAUAUCUCGUAUAUAUUGUUCAUUACUAUGAAUUAACAGACCCUGUCCAAACUACAGAAAAUUCCACAUCAAAUAAGAAUGCCACUAAUUGCUGUUAUGGGGAAUUCCUUUUAGAUGAUGAUACUGUCAAAUCAUGUUUAGAAACAUCAAUAGAUUUUAAUAAUUUUAGAGAGAAAUUAAGAACACAUUUUUUUAAAAAUUAUGAACUAAUGGAAACAGCCUAUCAUAGUGAUAUAUAUAAUACAAGUGCGAUACUAUUUUAUAAAUCCUUACUAUUAAAUAUAAGCAUGUAUAUAAAUAUAUUAGAAAAUAAGGAUAUAAAGAAAUAUAUUAAUAAAAUUCAAUUUUUAUAUAAUUCUAUAUAUUUCCAUUUAUUUAAUGAUAUGAAAGUUUUCGAACAACUUUUAUCUAAUGACAAAGCAUACCAAAUUAUAAAUCUAUCAUGUCUAUUCAAAAAAUUUAAUUAUCUUAUCCAGAAUAUUACAAUUUUCACUUUAAUAAUUCAAUCUAUUUAUAAUUUAGGCAAAAAAAAUAUAUCAGCUGAAAAUAAUUUGAACUUAAAAGAUUUAAUUAGUAAAAAUAUUUCUUUACUAACUCAGAUAAAUCAAAAUUUAAAAAAUUACACAAAUAUAUUAAAUAACUACAAACAUCAAACAACAUAUAGUAUAUUAAACAAUUUUGAUAUUCAAUUAAUAGAAGAAAUUAAAAUGUCUUAUAUAAAUCAUGUUUUAAAUUUGACCAGUAUGCUUAAUAAUAAGAUACUUAUAUUGAAGUCUUACGUAUGA